AGGGAAGAAAAAUUCUCUCUUUCUCUCUCAAAAGUCAGAGAGAGAAGCAUCACCGUCACAAUCACAAUCGAGAAGGAGCUGACCCAUUGAUUUAGCAGUGAAAAAUGGGAUGCUCGUUCUCGGGACUCAAUGCUUUGUAUGACAACGCCAAUGGCGGAGGAGAUGUUUGGAUCAAUGAGAAUCGCUUCAGGAUCCUUCGUCAAGCCAGUUUUCCCAAUGUCUUCCUUGUCAAGGAGCUCAUUUCUGACCCAAACAAAAUUAAGGACCCUUCUCAUGUCUCUGAUGAUGGAACUUAUGCAAUGAAGAAAGUUCUUAUUCAAAACAAUGAACAGUUAGAGUUGGUGAAAGAGGAGAUCCGCGUUUCGUCUCUGUUUAGCCAUCCCAAUCUGCUUCCUCUCUUGGAUCAUGCCAUCAUUUCGGUCAAGGCCUCACAAGACCAGUCUAGGAAGCAGGAAGCUUACUUGUUAUUUCCAGCCCAUUUGGAUGGGACAUUACUGGAUAGUAUGAAAACCAUGCAAGCAAAACAGGAGUUCUUUUCCACGUUGGAGGUGCUUCAAAUAUUUCAUCAGCUUUGUGCAGGUCUCAAGCAUAUGCAUAACUUUGAUCCUCCGUAUGCACAUAAUGAUGUCAAACCUGGUAAUGUCCUUUUAACACAUCGAAAAGGACAGGCACCUCUUGCAAAAUUAAUGGAUUUUGGAAAUGCGCGUCCUGCAAGAAGGCAAAUUCGCUCUCGCUCAGAGGCUCUACAGUUGCAGGAAUGGGCAUCUGAGCAUAUUUCAGCACCUUUCCGUGCACCUGAAUUGUGGGACUGCGCAAGUCAAUGUGAUAUUGAUGAAAGAACUGAUAUCUGGUCAUUAGGUUGUACAUUAUUUGCUAUAAUGUAUGGUGUAUCUCCAUUCGAGUAUGCACUUGAGGAAUCUGAUGAAAGUCCACAAUUGGCUAUUGUAAAUGCACAAAUAAAGUGGCCAACUGAGCCUAAUGCUCAAUAUCCAAACGACCUUAAUCAGUUUGUGACAUGGAUGCUUCAGCCUCAAGCAACAGUCCGACCCCGCAUAGAUGAUAUCGUAAUUCAUGUUGACAAGUUGAUCUCAAAGUAUUCCCCAUUAAAGUAAUGUGAGGGGAACAUUUUGGUUUAGUUCACAUAUGCAUCAUCUAAAUAAACAUCUUAGCAUAUUACAGAAUCCACCAUAAGUUACUGUUACAUUUUUUUUUCCAUCCAUUUUUUCUUGUCAAAAUGUGAUAGUAGACUCAGUAACUCAUUAUUCCUCAUUA